AUGUCGCCGACGGCGAAGGAGAGUACCCCAGAGGCGCAGCCGGCAGAUGUAGCACCGGUGGCACCUCACCCAUCCUUUAUACAGGUCGCCAAUCCCUAUAUAUUUGAAAAAACAGUGCAAGAUUGCUUUGCUGCGACGGGGGUUAAUCCUCUCCGGGAAGACAGCAAUCGACUCCAGGGAAUUACCUGGAUAGAUAAUGUUCGCAAAGCCCUUCACCUGCCGGUCAGGACGUUCAACACAGCGUCAAUCUACUAUCACAAAUUCCGGCUGGUCCACCCGGACAAUGAGUAUAACUACAUAGAAGCGGCUGCUGCUGCUCUAUUUACCGCGUGCAAGAUCGAGGACACGUUAAAGAAAUCUAGAGAUAUCCUAUGUUGCUCGUAUAAUCUUAAACUACCUCCAACAGAACAAUUAUCUGCCGAUGACCCGAUUUUUGAAACCCAUUCUCGGUCUAUUAUCGGUCUUGAGAGACUGAUGCUGGAAUCCUCUGGGUUUGAUUUCCGAAAUCGUCACCCUCAGAAGAUCCUGAUGAAACUUACAAGGCAGUGCGGCCUUGAUAAGGAUUCCAAAGUUGGUCGAGUCGCAUACACUAUAAGUUUGGAUCUGUACAGAACUUUUGCCCCUCUAAAGCAAACAUCUGCUACCAUGGCCUUUGCCUGUCUCGAGCUAGCAGCCAGGCUUCUCGAGGAGCCGGUAGACAAGAUACACUCGGAGGAAGAAUAUAAAUUAUGGGAAACAUCCAGAGCUGAAGUCAUGGAAACCAUACUCGAUCUGCUUGAACUAUACACGCAUAAUCGAUCAUCAACUUCAGUUGGCCCUGACUUUAGCCUCGACGUAUUCUUAAAUAUCCGCAUCCCGUUAAACGAAGAAGCGGACUCCUAUAAGAUUCCACGGUUCGCUUACUGGAAGAAGAGGAAGGCAGACAGCAAUGGCGUAUCGAACGGGACUUCUUCAAAGAAAUCUAAAAAUAGCCAUCACCGACACAGCAAAGACCGCCCCGAAACACCUCCCGCACCGCCCAUAAACCCAAUGAUGCCUACUGCGGCUCAUGAUUCUGUUGCUAAAGCCCACGAACGCAGCCGAGACACAGCGAUUCGGUUUAUGUUGGAUCCUGAACAGGCGCAGGCUGAACGUGAGACCGUGUCAGCGUACUUCAAGGUCGAAAUGGAAGAAUAUGAAGUUGAGGAGUGA